AUGGCCUUGCAACACUUGAAAACCGCGGCUUUCCUAGCCACCGUCUUUACGAUUUUCUAUUUGGCUCAAGCAGCCCCAACCAACCGUGACUCCACGGCGGAGACGGCUCUUGCACUUGCAGGAACCACCGAAGCUCCCCUCUCAAAUUCCACUGCUAUCGACACACUCACUGAUGGACCCAGUGGUGAUGGAACAGGAGUGAGAGUGAAAAGAAAUGGAUGUUGUGGAUGCGGAUGUUGCUGUUGCCGACCAUGCUGUUGCUGCUGUAAACCGUGUUGCUGCUGCUGUUGCAAGCCUUGCUGCUGUUGUCGAUGCUGUAAGUGUUGCACUUGCUGUACCACGUGUUGUAGACAGUGCUGUUGUUGCCGACCAUGCUGCUGUGGUUGCGGAUGCGGUUGCUGUGGAUGUGGAGGAGGACGUAAGAGAAGAGCUCUUCAGAACUUGAAGAUCAAAUUGGCUGAUCAACAAGAGAAAGAGAGACGUGAGGGACUUCCCAAAAUCGGCACCGAUUUGGCUUCAGUUGAGGAGAACAAAGAAGUCGAGAAGCCCGAGACAACCGACAUUCAACUCCCUGAUCCAGUCUACAAUCUCGGAAAAGAAGAGCUCGCUGUUACCCAGAAGAAAACCCUUCUUAAC